GCAUCAAUAGUAGCACAGAAUGUUCUGAUUAGAGGCUUUCUUUUGGGAGUCUAGAUGUGAACCCCAACUUUGCUACUGGCUUCAAUCUUUGGGCAACUCACGAAACCUCUCUGUAACUCAGGCUGUUCAUCUAUAAUGAUGGAGAUGAUCACAGUGCCCACCUCACUGGGCUGUUUUAAGGAUGAAACAACAAAACAGAAUGGUGCCAGGUGCACAGAGAAUAGCUGUUAUUGCUGUAAGUGCUCACCAAAUGUACCAGGCCCCGUGCUGACUCACUCACCCACUUCCCACUUUACAGAAGAAGAAAUCGGAAGCUCACAGAAGGGCAAUUUGUUGCACAUACAAAACGAACUCUUUUCACAACGAUUUCCUUCUCUGUGAAUUCCAGCGCCUUACCCAAACUCAAAGAUCAAAAGAGAGACUAUUCCAAAGUCCUGCUUGAGCAGGAAAUUGGCCUCUGGGAAUCGGUGUGAUCCUGGAAAGCCCCUCCUUGGUUUGCUGGAAGAAAACCUGGUCCUUGGAGGGCGCGGACACCAUUUGCGGAUGGCGCCCCGGAGGCGGAAGGUCCCGCACCCUUUCCCCAUUCCCAGCAGUGGACGUGGGCGCUCCCGGCCGAGGGGCCUUGGCCUUUUCCUUAGCGAAUGGGUGAACUUUUCUUGUUUUUCCUUUUGGACGUCCUUGGACGUGGGCAAGAAUGAAGGGAUAAGAAAUGACUAAGGAAAAGACAGAAAAGGUCCCGCUAAGCCGGACUCGGAUGGAAAUCUCGUCUGGGUGGGUGAUAGUGAAAGCCCUCUGCAGACACUGCGGUGACUAAGAGGCCGAGGGGCGGAGAACGGAACCCCGAGAGCUGGCGCAGGAAAACGGACGGCGGCCGGACGAGAACAAAUAAGCGGCCCAAGUCACAGCCGGAGAAUGGAACCGGGGUUGUCAGCGGCGGUGAAGGGGCCAAAAUGCUCGCGGGAAGAAAGGACUGAGCUUGAACAUCUUUGCUUACAUGAAGUCAUGUCUUCUUCCUCUGCUACAAACUGUUGAGCUGGGGAAAUGUCUGAUGAGGAGAUCAAAAAGAAGACACUAGCCUCAGCUGUAGCCUCUUUAGAAGGGAAGUCACCAGGGGAGAAAGCAGCAAUCAUACAUCAGCAUCUUGGCCGUCGAGAAAUGACAGAUAUGAUCAUUGAGACCAUGAAGUCCAAUCCAGAUGAGCUGAAAGCCACAGUGGAAGAAAGGAAGUCUUCAGAAGCAUCUCCCACUGCACAGAAGAGUAAAGAUCAAAGUAUAGAAUGCAUAAAUGCUGCUCCCGAUUCUCCAUCCAAACAGCUUCCAGACCAGAUUUCGUUCUUUAGUGGAAACCCAUCAGUUGAAAUAGUUCAUGGUAUUAUGCAUCUAUACAAGACAAAUAAGAUGACCUCCUUAAAAGAAGAUGUGAGGCGCAGUGCCAUGCUGUGUAUUCUCACAGUCCCUGCUACAAUGACCAGUCAUGACCUUAUGAAGUUUGUCGCCCCAUUUAAUGAAGUAAUUGAACAAAUGAAAAUCAUCAGAGACUCUACUCCAAAUCAAUAUAUGGUGCUGAUAAAGUUUAGUGCACAGGUUUUGAAAUGCAGCUUUGUCAAAAGUUACUUCUUUCUCACCUCCUUGGUAAACAGCCUUCCUGAAUUUGGCCCAAAUAAGCAGUUCCAGCUUGCAGAUUGGCAAAGAGCCGAUGCAGAUAGUUUUUAUAUAGCGUGCAAUGGCCGCCAGUUCAACUCCAUAGAAGAUGAUGUUUGCCAGCUGGUGUAUGUGGAAAGGGCUGAAGUACUGAAAUCUGAAGAUGGUGCCAGCCUCCCCGUGAUGGACCUGACCGAGCUCCCCAAGUGCACAGUGUGUCUGGAGCGCAUGGACGAGUCCGUGAAUGGCAUCCUCACCACGUUAUGUAACCACAGCUUCCACAGCCAGUGCCUGCAGCGCUGGGACGACACCACGUGUCCCGUGUGCCGGUACUGCCAAACGCCAGAGCCCGUGGAAGAGAACAAGUGCUUCGAGUGCGGUGUGCAGGAAAACCUGUGGAUUUGUUUAAUAUGCGGCCACAUAGGAUGUGGACGGUAUGUAAGUCGACAUGCUUAUAAGCACUUCGAGGAAACGCAGCACACGUACGCCAUGCAGCUCACCAACCAUCGAGUCUGGGACUAUGCCGGAGAUAACUAUGUUCAUCGACUGGUUGCAAGUAAAACAGAUGGAAAAAUAGUACAAUAUGAAUGUGAGGGUGAUACUUGCCAGGAAGAGAAAAUAGAUGCCUUACAGUUAGAGUAUUCGUAUUUACUAACAAGCCAGCUGGAAUCUCAGCGAAUCUACUGGGAAAACAAGAUAGUUCGGAUAGAGAAGGACACAGCAGAGGAAAUUAACAACAUGAAGACCAAAUUUAAAGAAACAAUUGAGAAAUGUGAUAAUCUGGAGCACAGACUAAAUGAUCUCCUAAAAGAAAAGCAGUCUGUGGAAAGAAAGUGCACCCAACUAAACACGAAAGUGGCCAAACUCACCACAGAGCUCAAAGAGGAGCAGGAAAUGAACAAGUGUUUGCGAGCCAACCAAGUCCUCCUGCAGAACAAACUGAAGGAGGAGGAGAGGGUGUUGAAGGAGACCUGUGACCAGAAGGAUCUGCAGAUCACCGAGAUCCAGGAGCAACUGCGUGACGUCAUGUUCUACCUGGAGACACAGCAGAAGAUCAACCACCUGCCUGCUGAGACCCGGCAGGAAAUCCAGGAGGGACAGAUCAACAUUGCCGUGGCCUCGGCCUCCAGCCCCCCCUCUUCGGGCAGCAGUGGGAAGCUGCCCUCAAGGAAAGGCCGCAGCAAGAGGGGCAAGUGACCUCUGGGAAACAGGUGUCCCUGAGACUGUUCUCCCUGGCACGGCGAGGGUGUGCUGGGGCUUCAGCUACGUGUGAGGGUGGACCUUGAAUAAGUACAAGUGAGGACGGAGCCGCCGUUGUUCGGAUCUUUUCUUGGCUGGCGUGCGCUGUAGUAACUGGAGGGCCAGUGGCCGUGGCGAGGAGAGCUGGAGGGCCGGGGCUUAAGAUGUGGCCACUGUUUCCCACCAUAGGAGUUCACUAACCUCAGACAUUCUGAUGACCAUUUUGCCUUGCUACUUGACAGAAGCCCCAGCUCUGCUCUGCAGUUUUCCAUUGUAUUUAUUGAGUCGGUGGAUUUGACAUUCAGUUCUGGGGUCGGUUCAAGACGUCACUUUUUUUUUUUUUUUGGCAACCUCAGAGGUCACGUUACCUGAGGUCAUAGCAGCUGCUUUAAAGAGAGGUUUGCACUGGCCACUGAGGAUUUACGAAAAUUCCCUAGCAUUAGUCUCCUGUCAUUGUCCUCCCUCCCUGCAGUCUGGGAAUUGAAGAAUUGGUUGAAGGUCACAGGAAAAGAGGCUGGGCCAGUAAACCUUUAGUCACUAGCCUGUCACCAGCAGCCAUCUCUUGCUCCAGGGCUAGCUCGGAAAAACAAACAACCCGCCCAGGCUGAGCGGACCCAGUGUAGGAAAAAUGGUGGCGCUUCUACUUUGUUUUCGAUGACUCCACACCACAUUAUGAACCUCAAGUAAGGAGGAGGCUGAAGGGUUACUCUAAGACCCAGCUCUCAGAGUGGAUUUCCUAGCAUCUAGCAAGAAUCAGCAGGCAGAUUUAUCAUCCAUGUGAAAAUGCAGAGUGAGGCCUCUGACUAGCUGAUUGUGUAUUUUGCUGGGAUCAGUGUUUUCUGAAUGUUUACAAAAGAUCGGGCUGCAUGUUCAGGUUGCGGCUAGAGGGAGCUUGGGCAGAUUUUCAAUGAUGCUUUCAAGAUACAACCAAAGGCUGUUUCUAAAUCCGAAAAUUAGAAUUUUAACAGAGCCCCUUUAAAAGAGUCAUGCAAUGCUUGUUGUGAGCCAACAGAGGGGCUGUGUACUUUCUCUAGAAACCUUAACGUCAAGUAAUUCAUACUACGAAGUAAUUGAGCAAACUUAAAGUAAGACCCGUGUUGGAAUUUAAGCUUCCUAAAGAGGUAGCUGGAUAGGUUAACAAGACAUGCCGUUAAAUGAUGGGGUUGGUUUUCUGCUUUAGAAUUAGCCAGAGUUUUCAAAUGAUCACAUUUUAGAAUUGUUUUUUAGCCUAUGGUUAGAUGUCAUCCCCUUUGGCCUAAAUGUCUUAUAUGUUACUUGUUAGUGCACAAACUGUAUUGUUAAUCACUAUCCAUUUUUGUGGGAUGUGCUGUAGCAUUUCCCAAAAAACCUCAUCUGUAACUUUGCAAAAUGAAUGUACUCAGACAUUCUCAAUUUUUACUUAGGGCAGACCAACUCUACAAGUCCCCCUUGGACUUAUAUAUACAGAUAUCUUAAAGCAAGAGUGGGAAUGUAAAGCAUAACCUAAUUCUCUUUCCUAUAGAGAUUCUAUUUUAUUUAAAAUCUAUUUUUACACUAGUUAGAAUCCUGCUUUUUUGGCCAAGUACUUGUCUUGCAUGUCUGACCUUGCAGAAGCUGGGGUGGAUCGUAGCAUACUAAUUAAGAGAAUUAGAAGUAGUUGACAAAGCUUGCUCGCUCCUCAUUUUCCCAUGAUCACCUCCGUCAAGCAGCCCUACCACCAGCUGGGAGAACAGAGCUUCAGUACAGGUGGGCUAAGUGCUCUGAAAGGCUGUGCCCAGAGGAAUGAGCAAAUAGGCAAAUGUUUCCAAACUACUUGAAGGUUUAAACAUUUUUUUCCAGAAAUAAAGAAUCUUAUCAAGAUAUAUUAAGAAACUGUCUUUGAGGAAGGUCAAAGAGUCAUGUUUGAAUUUGACAAAAUUACAUAAGGUAGAAACUGUUCGUGUUUUCUUCAGGAUGGAAAUGAACCACUUAAUAUAUCCGUACUACCUUGAACAAUGAAAUUGCAUUAAAACAACCAAACUUUGAAAUGA